CUAACUCCAACCCAAUCCUCACCAACACACUCUACACAUCACAGAACUCGCCCAUAGUUCACGAUGCCCAGUCUGAUGCUAACAGUAGCCCAAUUUGCCACCUCUAACACCCUAGCGGAAAGCCUCUCGAGGCUCAAGGAAAUAACCACAACCGCUGCCAGCGCGGGCACAAACCUCAUCCUCUUCCCGGAAGCCUUCCUGGGGGGGUACCCGCGCACCAGCACCUUUGGAGCGAGAGUAGGCUCCCGGACAAAUACGGGUAGAAUUCAGUAUCACGAGUACUGGACACAAGCCGUCGACCUGGGUGAUACCCACCCGGACGGACUAGGCGUGUACGAUACGCCCGGAGACGGCACGCGCGGGUUCUUGGAACACGUCGCGAAGGAUACGGGGGUAUUUUUGGUGGUUGGCGUGGUGGAGAAAGUUGGUGCUACGCUGUUUUGCUCGGUUGUGUUCGUGUGUCCGAGGAGUGGGGUUGUGGGGAAGAGAAGGAAGGUUAUGCCGACCGGGACGGAAAGAGUAGUUUGGGGCAUUGGAUCUCCAAAAACCUUGAAAGCUAUUAAAACCGAGAUUGCCGGUCAGAAGGUUACUCUUGGUGCGGCGAUUUGCUGGGAGAAUUACAUGCCCCUCUUACGCGCAACCCUCUACACACAAAACACCAGUAUAUACCUCGCGCCCACCGCCGACGCCCGCGAAUCCUGUAUCUCAACAAUGAGGCACAUAGCCCUAGAAGGGCGAUGCUAUGUGCUCGGGUGCAACCAAUUUGUGACGAACCACACGCUUCCACCGUUCGCGGACGAUAUGGCUAGCGCGGCGUGCAGCGAGGAGGAGGAGGGGGAGACACCGGCAGAAGCGGUUCUAUGUAAUGGUGGGUCUGUAGUGUUUGGCCCCAUGGGGGAGGUGCUUGCAGGGCCCCUGUGGGGACAGGAGGGCACGUUGAGUGUUGUAGUCGAAGAUUUAGAGAGAGAGGUAGUGAAGGCAAAGAUGGACUUUGAUGGCGGGUUUGCGGGGCAUUAUUCCCGGUGGGAUGCAUUUAGGUUGGAGGUUAUGGGGUUGGAGCUGUGAGUGAGAUGGGGGUGGUCAACCCUAGGAGAAAAUCUCCCCAUUCUGGCAGGCGUGUAUCAUACCAAUCUGCUCUUAUCUUAUCUAUCAUACCGAUGGCAAGAUAUGUUAAGGACAAUAAAAAAAUCAGAUAUUUAUUUUUUCUAUCACA